UUCUCGACCUGGGACCAGCUCGGUUACGUCGUGCAGCCAAACCCCUUUCAAUGUGUGUGACAGCGGUAUGGAUUCCUUUGCAUUUUAUGAAAGACUUCAAAAAUUUCUCUUAAAAGGAGAAAUUCCUGACUGUCCUACAGAGCGUCGGAAGGUGAACCGGGCGUCUUCGAAUUUUAUCAUCAAAGUUUUUUCCUCAACAGUCCAGUGGGGAUUCUUGUGGUGUCUACAUGCUGAUGUAUGCUCUCAGCAUCUGCACAUCAUGUCCCUUAACAUUCACAGAGGAGGAGGUGCCAUUGAUUCGCCAGUGGUGGUGCAUUAACCUCAUGGAAAGAUUUUGCCUAGAAGGGCAUGGACAGAGGUUUGCAAACUGGACCGAAGAAGCAUCCCAACUCCUUCAGGGGAUCGUUGAGCCUAUGUUUAGGGUGUCGAAAUUCACCACCACCAAACUGUCACCCAGCAGAAGAGUUGUGGAUGACAAGGACAUUGAUAAGGUGCAGCAGCCAACCAUUGUCCGAGACCUAAAUACAGCGUGGUACUGGGUACAGAAUCACAGACACUUAUUCCGUGGGGAGGUGACAGAGCCUGCCUUUUUGCAGAUGAACAGGGGUGAUCAACAAAAUGCCAUCAAGAACCUCUUGGGGGGUCAAUUCUCUGAGGCGAAGGAUGCCUUUUUGUUUAUAUUUCAUUACCAAGAAGACAUGGAAACAUUUUUGUCGUACUGUGUUGAUGACCAAGGCCUAAAGGUCAAUGCUCUGUUCUACAAAGAGAUAUGUAGUGUGUGCGUUCAUGUUUGUAUAUCCCGGUGGGGACCUAAACCUGAAUGCACACCAACACAUGGGGACUCGUGUCACCGUGGGGACCAAAAUUGAGGUCCCCAUGGGCAAAAAAGCUAAUAAAUUGUACAGAACAAUAAUUUUUUUUAAAUUAAAAAUGCAAAAAGUAUUCUAUGAUCAUUAGGUUUAUGGGUAGGGGAUAGAAUAUACAGUUUGUACAGUAUAAAAAACAUUACGCCUAUGGACUGUCCCCACGGAGAUAGUAAACCAGACAUGUGCGUGAGUGAGUGAGAGUGU